AUGCAGAAGACAAUCCGCCGCCCGUCUGUCCACUCCACUGUCCGCUUCGGGGCUAUCGAAUCUCUGUUCUGUUACCGUAGCGAGUGCGCGGCACAAGGGCAUGUAUGUAGUACCUACUACAUAGGUACCUGGCACACGCAGCGUCCUUGCACGGGGUGCUGCAAUGGCCCCCUCAGAUCUGCAUCAUCUGCUUCUCUCCAGCCCCGAACGGUGAGGUUGAGCGGUGAUCGCAAGCGCGGAGUCGGGAUGGGCAUGGCCAUGCCGUCCAACAGGCGAGAAAUCACAGGCACGCUGGCUGCUGGCAUCCAUGGAUGGUGUGAGUACGCGGUACGGUGGGGACCUAGUCGGUACGAGUACCAAGCAAGUACUACCUACCUACGGUAUCUCUCCGACUGCCUUCUCAUUCGAUCACCCAUCCUUCUCGCGCUACCAACCGUGUUGCAGCAGCGGGACGGCAGAAGCAAAAUCACGGCUUGCAUAGGCACAUGGCAGCUGGUAUACGCCAGGGUACAACAGAAUCACGUCGGCACGGCAGAGCACCAAGAUGGUGUGUCUGUCAUGGCACGCCGUACAAGCGAACAUCAUCUACUAUACUCUAGAAUGACAGUCAUCUAG